GUGGCUCUGUCUGAACUGUCAGACCCAACGGCUGAUGUCCGGAGGACUCGGAGACCCCUCUCCUGUUCCUCAUCCGUCUCCAAAGCACCAACCAAUGGGAUCUCCACGCCACCUGGCACCAGCCAGUCAGCAGCCAGCUCAGAAGCCGCCCUUCCUGAAAUCGACCAAUCAGCAGCAGCAAGGGCCAAGAACGAUGCAGCCGCAGCCGCCACAGACAGGCCUGGGGAGCGGACCUUUCGCAGUGAAGCAAUCCGGGGACACAAAGGCUCCUGUCCAGCCCACACCUUCCAAUGAGCCCCCAAAACAACCGAAGGCCACGGAAGAGACUAUGCCAAAGUCAGAGGAGCUGGUGGAACCUGCCAUAGACACCAAACUAACUCAGAAGAAGGGAGAGCCAAUCACAAAAGACCUAAAGAAGUCAAGACAUUAUGACGAGACCAAGAACAGCACUCAAGACCUGUCACGAAGCCCCCAGAGCCUGAGCGACACCGGCUACUCCUCGGAUGGCAUCUCCAGCUCACACAGUGAGAUCACCGGCCUCAUCCAGGAGGAGGAGAUGAAGCUGAGCGAGAGGGGCAUCAGCGGACGUGGCAGCCCCCCCAGCCCUUCCGAGAUCACCAAGCUGGAGAGUUCCAUGAGGCCCCUGCUGGAGUCCAAGACCCUGCCGGCCGAGGAGAGGGAGCGCGAACGGGGCCGGGGCAGGCACCACCGAGAGCAGAGGCCCCGGUCGCUGUCCAUCACCCCAGAGGCCUAUGACUCUGAUGAGGAGCUGGAGGACAUCGUGGAGGAGGAGGAGGACGGAGGGGACUGGGAGUCCAAACGGGAGCACAAGAGCAGUGUCACUCCCAAAGAUGAGAAGAAAGUGGCCGAGCCGGUGCCAAUGACAGAUGAGGAGUUCAUGCGGAGGCAGAUCAUGGAGAUGAGCGCAGACGAGGACAACGAAGAAGAGGAGGACAUGGAGGAGGAGGAUGAGGAGGACGAAGGCUACGGUUACCAAAAACCGAAAAAGACACACAAGCACAUCUCGGAGUCAAUGAAAGAGAAACGCCGCCUAUCUCAUCACUCCAGCAGCUUCGAGGAGGAGACCAAAAGCUCCAGUGACAUCUACAAAGGUUCUGCGGAGGAAGGAGAGGAGGGUGGCCUGGGGGGCCUGCGCCGCUUCAAGACCAUUGAGCUCAACAACACCAACAGCUACAGCCAUGACAUGGAGCUCAACAAUGAAAAUGACCUCAGUCUGGACCGAGAACCCGAGCUAGAGAUGGAGAGCCUGACGGGAUCUCCUGAGGAGCGCUCCAGGGGAGAGUACUCCUCCACCCUGCCACCCACCACCUCCAGCUAUAACUCUGGCACCUCACCCACCUCCAUCUCCUCCAUGGAGGACGACAGUGACAGCAGUCCCAGCCGCAGACAGAGACUGGAGGACGCCAAGCAGCAGAGGAAAGCCCGGCACCGCUCCCAUGGCUCCCUGCUGCCCACCAUCGAGGACUCCUCUGAGGAGGAUGAGCUGAGGGAGGAGGAGGAGCUGCUGCGGGAGCAAGAGAAGAUGAGGGACCUGGAGCAACAGAGGAUCCGCAGCACGGCCAGGAAGACCAAAAGAGACAAAGAGGAGCUGAGGGCCCAGAGACGCAGGGAGAGAUCCAAGACGCCCCCCAGCAACCUCUCCCCCAUCGAGGAUGCCUCCCCUACUGAGGAGCUGCGACAGGCUGCAGAGAUGGAGGAGCUCCACCGAUCCUCUGCCUCAGAAUACUCCCCCCAGAGCCUGGACUCAGAGGCUGAGGGAUACGAGUCUAAACUCUACAAGUCUGGCAGUGAAUAUAACCUGCCCACGUUCAUGUCUCUGUACUCUCCGACUGAGAAGUCAUUGACGACCACGACGAUCACUGCUCCCUCCAGCAGCAAGCCCCUGAAGAGUGCUGAGGAGGUGUAUGAGGAAAUGAUGAGGAAAGCUGAGUUGCUGCAGAAACAACAGAAACCGCAGCAGCAUCAGAAACAACAGAAACCGCAGCAACAACAGAAACAGCAGCAGCAACAAGGGAGACACAACAGUACAUACAAGGAUGACACAAACGGCCAACAGUAUGAAGAUGAGUACGAGUAUAAGCAGGCAGAGACUGGCUAUGAAAACGAAGCAACAGAGACAGGAGAUAUCUACGAAGAGAUCCGCCAGACCUCCCAGAACAUCACUAAGAUGCACCAGUCCUCCGCCCUGGAGUUACAGCAGCAGGCAGACGACCAGGUGGAAGUAGACAACAGUACAGAUAAGCAGCUUUUAGAUACUGGGUCAGCCUUCACUAAGCUGCUUGAGCAGACCAAUGACCUAUUGACUCCUGGCACCAGCCCCACUCAGCUCUCUGCACCUGUGUCCUUCUCUGAGACCGGAGGAAGGAUCCCUGAUGUACGGGUGACACAACACUACUCAAAAGGGAUGAAGAGCCAGACGGGUAAAAAUGGCAUCACUCCAGUGGCGGUCGUCACCACAAUAGCCGCCUACGGGGUUUAUUCCCGGGAUGCAGUGACCAUCUCCCAGACCAGCGUUAGUCAAACGAUGACUACCACCCAAUCCACCAUGUAUGGUCGGCAAACUGGAGGUCCCACCACUUCAACCACAACCGUCUCAAAUGUGUGCAGCAAGAUAGCGGAGAUAACACAGGCAUACAGCCAGAGAGAGGUGGUUGCGAGGAGCGUGGGGGAGAACCGAGGGGUCCAAGUCAGAGACAGUGCAACAUCUUCAGAGCACGUCAUAGAGACCCGCUCGCCAAAGAUGGCUUCGUACUACAAGAGCUCCAGCCCCCCUCUGUCUCCCUCCGCAUCGCCCACUGAGAGCUUAAGUCGCUCCCCCUCCAGGAGGGUCGAGAUCUCCACCCAGACGUUCAGCCCAGGCAUAGUGGCUCCGUCGGCUGGCUCAGGGCCCACCUCCCCAGUGAUGGUCCAGGGGACCCAGACAUCUCACAGAGUCGUAUCCCCACGCCUUUUCAGACAGCAAUCCUCCCAGGACUCCCACUACAUGGACACCGAGCACACAAGCCCUGCCAAACCAGUGACGGUCAACACGGCCACCUCACCUUUAUCCUCGCCCACCAGAUUCAGCCGACAGUUGACAUUAGAUGGCUACUCUCCACAGGCCAGUCCGCCAGACAGCCCUCCAUACCACCAGUCUCCUCACCGCAGCUUCUAUAGGAUGCAGAAGGUGGAAAAGGUCAAUGUUGGCACCAGCAUGGUCACCACAGCUAGCACCUACAGCCGUGGUUCGAUGUCUAUGGACAACAUCUCUCUCUGCAGGAUCUCCACUGUCCCAGGGACCUCGAGAGUGGAGCAGGGCCAGAUGAUCUAUGGUGGGAGCGUCGUGGAUCUGAGAACAGUGGAUCUGAGAACAGCCACUAUACCAGCUCCCAUCAUCAUGACUGACCACGGCAUGGAUCUUACGUCUCUGGCCACAGAAACACGCAAAUACACCAGUGGGCACGAGGGGAGCCACCCUUCCACCAUCAUUCAGCCUCUCAUAAUGAACCUGAACACCCAGCAGCACCCCCAUGUGAUGGUAUCAACCGCAACCACGGUGAGCGUCACGGUGGCCGCCUCCAUGUUCAUAUCACAGCCCCAACAGCCCAUGGUCUACGGGGACCCUUUACAAAACAGAGUGGACCUGGGCCAGGGUUUGGGCUCAGCCAUGUGCCUGUCACAGAACAAACCACCACCCACUGACCCAUCCAUCCCCAAGAUUGAUGCCAAGCUGGAGGACCUGAGCAUCCAGCAGCAGCAGCUGAUGGAGCAGCAGCAGAAGCUUCAACAGCAGCAGCAGCUCUUGGAGCAGCAGCUCCAGCAACACCAUCAGAUGCAGCAGCAGUCCUCCUUAGGUCGGUACAACCUACCAGGCCAGAUGACUCUGCUCAAAAAGGACCUUCUGGUCAGCCAAACCAGCAACUCCCCAGCCAUGGUCAGUGCUAUAUCCUCCGCCGUCGCCCCUGACAUCUACAGCACUGGAGGUCCCCUGGAGCUGAAGAGCAAGCCAAUGCCAGGUGUGAUGAACCUGGCAGGCGGUGGGCCUCAUGGCAUGAUGGUCCAGAUGAAUGGAGCCCCACAGGGAGGACCAGUGACCCAGCUGGUGAAGACAGAAAAGAGCCAGGAUGCCGUGGACCUCACAGGGGGGCAGAUCAAAGCUGAGAACCAACCGGCCUGCUGUGAUGUAGUGUACCGCCUCCCAUUCGGAGGUAGCUGUGUUGGUGGUCCGUUCUCCCAGAAGCAAAAUGUUGAUGAGACAGUGGCCACUCAAGAGCCAAGACCACCCUCUGCGCCACCACUCUCCUACGAGUCGGACCAGGAGGGCCAGUAUCAGGAUAUUUCUAUGGACGGGCGUAAAGCCUAUACACUACCGUACCCGGGGCGGCUACAGCCCUCGAUGUCUGACACCAACCUAGCAGAGGCCGGACUCCAGUCCUACCACUCCAAGAUGGACCCACACAUCACGGCCUCUGGAGAGCUGGCCGUGGACCUCAGCACCAUGAAGCAUGCCUAUGAGGGAGGCUUCCUGGGACUGGGCAUGCAGUACGGCUCCUACACUGACCUACGCCAUGGGGGUGACCUCACUGCUACUGCCCUGCCCAUACGCAGAUUCAACUCCCUGUCAAACAUUAGCUCAGACUACGGCUACUCGCCCCGAGACCUCGCUAACUUCCAGGAGUCCAACCUGGCCCAGUACAGUGCCACCACUGCCAGAGAGAUCAGCCGAAUGUGCGCUGCCCUCAACUUAAUGGACCGCUAUGGGAGCAAUCCGGAGCUUGUGCAGUACGGUGUAGGAAGGGGAACAGGUCCAGGUGGCAGGCUCAACUCAAUGAGACAAAAUAUGCUCUAUGGACCUGAUGGGAAGCCAAUCUCUCAAACCCAAGCGCUCACCAACAUGAUCAAUGCCAGGCAAGCCAGCCUCCGAGCCAUGUACCCGUCUGCCAUGAGGUCUGCUGAUGGAAUGACCUACUCCACCAUCAACACGCCCAUCGCAUCCACCUUGCCAAUCACUACCCAGCCUGCCUCAGUGCUGUGCCCACUACUGAGGGGAGUGUACAGGCCUUUACCCACUGCCAACAUGACACCCGUGCCUCUGGCCAGCCUCACCAGGAUGCCUGUGAACCCAAGGAUGCCUUUGUCUGGGCAGGCUCCAUACCGUUAUCCGGCUCCCAACAUCUUCCCAUUCACCACGUCGGCCUCUGUGAGCAUGCCUGCUGCUAUCACCACCACCCAGGAUGCCCCAGUCUACCUAGGGAAGCCCUCUGUGAAAUCAGGUGCAUCUGAUCCAUCAUCUCAACCUCUCUUUGCCCAUACAUCAGCCCCGGUCAGCUUGCCAACAGAGCCCCAGCAGCAACCCAUGAACCUGACCCAGGCUCACCUCCACACUCAGGCCACAGGGCAGCCCCGGGUCCAGCCUCAGAACCAACCUCCAGCCCAGCCCCACCACAUGCAACCUCAAUCCCAUCCUCAGAGCCAGCCUCCACCCCAGAGCCAGCCCCCUCCAGCCCACAUUUACCCUCCAACACAAAGCUACACUGGGCCCCAGAGCAACACCCAGCCCCCUCCGUCUGGCCCACCCUCCAGCAGCCCAGUCAACACUGCGACGGAGACGGAGGAAAGGAUGCAGCGCCAGCAUGAGCAGCUGUUGCAAAUGGAGAGGGAGCGUGUGGAGCUGGAGAAGCUGCGUCAGCUACGUCUGCAGGAGGAGCUGGAGAGGGAGCGCAUGGAGCUGCAGCGGCACCGCGAGAAGGAGCAGAUGCUAGUGCACAGGGAGAUUCAGGAGCUUCAGACCAUCAAGGAGCAGGUCCUGCAGCAGCAGCAGGCUGAGAGGGAGAGCCAGCUGGUGAUGCAGAAGGAGCAGUUGGCCCAGCAGAAAGCCCAGCUCGACCAGAUACAGUCGCUGCAGCAGCAGCUUCAGCAGCAGCUCGAGGAGCAGAGGAGGCAGAAGACUGCUGCAGCUGCUGCUGCAGCCACCGCAGCCGCUCAGGUGGUCCAGAACGGCCAGACCCUGCUGCCCUAUGGGGAUCAAGUGGGCUUCAUUUCCCUGCCCAACUCCUCCUCGGACAUGUGUCUAAGGAACAAUGAAGAGCAUAUAGAGACCAGAACCAACAUGAGGAGGCAGAACUCCACCUCCAUGCCCCGGCUGAGGGACGGAAUGGAGGGCGAGAGCAUCCAGUUCUAUGGAGCACGGAGGAUCGUGGAUAGCUGUGUCCAGACGGACGAAGAGGAUGGCGAGGAGAGGUACAUCAUGUCCCGGCGCAGACGCAACAGGCGCAGUGUAGACUGCAGUGUCCAAACCGAUGAUGAUGAGGAGAAAGUGGAGUGGGAGCAGCCUGUGAGGCGCAGGCGCUCUCGCUUCUCUAAGCACUUGGAUCCCGGGGCCGAAAACAAGACAGACAUAGCCUCCAAGACAGCCGCCUCAUCCAGCAUCGCCAUCCAGACCAUUCGAGAUAGCUCCUGUCAGACCGAAACAAACCAACUGGGGAAGGUGUCCCCGGCUAUCCACGUCACCGUGCCAGACCCGAACAAAGUCGAGAUUAUCCACUACAUCUCAGGCCCUGAGAGGACCCAGAAGGGCCAAAGCCUAGCCUGCCAAACAGACGUUGAGGCCCAGUCUCAGGGCGUGGUGGUGCCUCAGCUCAGUGUGCCCACCACCGUCAGCCCCUACUCCACAAGCAUCCAGCUGGUGGGGUCCGCCGACCCACGCCAGCAGCAGAACAGGAGGAGGCCAGACCCCCUAGAGAUCAGCUACCAGACCCAGCCAAUGAACCACCUCCACAAUGAGUCCCUCUCCAGCCUGAUCCGUCAGCCCCCCAAGUCCCCCCAGGUGCUCUACUCCCCUGUUUCCCCCGUCUCCCCCCACCGCCUCUUGGAGACGUCCCUCUCCAGCGGCGGGCUGAACAAGGCCCAUGUCACCCCCCAGCAGAAAGCCUACACGGUCGAGUCACCCCAGCGCCACCCCAGCAUUCCCCGGCCCAUUAAGAGCACACAGAGGUCCAUGUCGGACCCCAAGCCCCUAAGCCCCACUACAGAUGAGACAACCAAGGCCAGGCUAAACCUGUACCAGCAGCAAGCUCUUCAGAGCCAGCUGGCCGCCCUGCAGCAGAGUGCCCUGAGGAAGGUGAAGAGGACCCUGCCCAGCCCCCCUCCAGAGGAAAGCCACCUCCCCAUCAUCACACCGGCCCUCCCCCAGAUGUACAUGCCGUCCGUGCCCUCCCUGAGGGCCGGAACCAGGCCAGGUCUGGCAGCCAAAGCCAGCCUGCUGAAGGACCUCACCCACGAGCUGAAGGCUGUGGAGCAGGAGUCCACCAAGCUCCGCAAGCAGCAGCAGGAGCUGGAGGAGGAGGAGAAGGAGAUUGAUGCCAAGCUGCGCUACCUAGAGCUGGGCAUCCAUCAGCGCAAGGAGACCCUGGUGAAGGAGAGGGAGAGGAGGGAUAUGGCCUAUCUGCGCUGCAUGGGCGACCCGCGAGACUACAUGUCAGACAGCGAGCUGAAUAACCUGCGGCUGGCGGCCGCUGUAGCUUCCUACGAGAGCAACGGGGUGCUGACCAGACCCAGCACAGCACCAAUGAGCCAGUUCACCAGCGACUUCAACACAGCCGCCCAGUUUCCUCCCACCUCCUCCUUCGUCUCCUACCAGUCCUACCACACCCUGAGCCAGCCAGCUCCAGCUCCAGCUCCCCAGCCCGGCACCCCUUACCAGACUGCAGCCUUCAACCAGCCCCCCUACCCUUCAGUGUCCCAGGCAGCGGCUCUCCCCCAGCCCACCCCCUGCAGACCCAACAUCCUCCCCCAUCCUACCAGACCCAUUCCUUCUCCUCCCACACAUUCCCACAGAGCCAUCCCCCCUACCCGACAGAGCAGGGUGUGCACCCACUGCCUCAGCAACAGCAACAGCCUAGCCACCAGGGAUUCCAGCAUGCCCAGCCUGGCCAACCUCCCUACCCCACCCACACCUCUCCAUACCCCAGUCAGGUGUCCUACCCAGCUGGCCCUGCGCAGAUCACUCCCUACCAGCCCCAGGUAG